CUACAACGACCAUAAAAGUAACCACCACAACAAAACCAACAACCACGACCACCACCACAACAAAACCAACAACCACAACAAAAACAACCACGACCACCACUACUAUAAAACCAACCACCACAACAAAACCAAAACUACAACAACACGACAAACCACAACCCCCACAAAACCCACAGGUCUGAAGCCCUUGGACCCCCAGACAACACCGCACUGGGACCUAGAGGUCCCCACCACAGACGAAUCCUCCUACAUCCUCUCAGAGACCCACAAAAAUGGCAUAGAUGACGUUACAGAAUCCCACAGAGACCAAUAUGAAGAAGACACAACCGACGAUACCAAACAUGGCCGACAAGUUGUUACCUCUCCAACUCAGCUCACUAACAACAAACCAACUGAAGGAGUGGAAGAGCUGGGCAGUGAACUUAAGGUUGACUCUGAUGCACAGGUGGAAACAGCUUCCCCCAAGAAGAGCAAGGUCAAGCGGCCUGUCAAUGCAGAGAGGAAGAAAAAGGCUGAUAAAUCAGGCAAAAAGAGUAAAGCAGACAAGAAAAGGUUGAAGGCUACUAAAGACAGUGAUGGGGGCUUCUAUCGUGGCAGGAGACCAGGGAAGAAGGCCGUUAUUAACCAGGAGAAAGAAGCAGACAACAAGAGGCCCCCCACCAAACAGCCAAACCUCUUAGUAUCCUUUUUUGGUCAUUUUGAGAAGAGACGACGUCUACUUGUGAUCAGUACUCCAGACGAGGAGAAUCCUAUGUACACGCAGCAGAGAGAUGAGUAUCUGGAGCAUGUGUGUGAAUUGGGCGUCAGAAAAAUCUCUCUUAUCACCAUCUUUGGCUCUCUGACCAAUGGCACCAUGAAGAUGGACCAUUACCAGGCUGAGAAGGAUCAGCCUCUGAAAGGCAUGAAAGAAGAGGACUUCACCAACCAGCCCCUCAUCAGAGCCUUGAGGAAUGAGUUGGGGCUGAUAUUUGACGACUACUAUAUGGUGCUGACUGACUUUGAUAUGAAAGUGAAGCAAGAAUAUGAGGUGCCCAUCGCCAUGACGGCUGUGUUUGACUACAUAGACACAUUCUCUUCUCGCAUCAAGGAGAUGGAACAGCAGAAGAGACAAGGAGUGACGUGUAAGAAAGAAGACAAAUCCAAAUCUCUGGAGAACUUCCUCUCACGGUUCCGCUGGAGACGCAGGCUGUUUGUGAUCUCCUCCUCUGACGACGAGGAAUGGGCCUAUCAGCAGCAGCUCUACGCCCUGACUAGCCAGGCCUGCAAUCUGGGCCUGCGCCACUUGUCUGUGCUGAAGCUGAUUGGAAAGGACAUGGAGGAUAUGGGCGGGACCCUUGAGCUAUACCCAAUCAACGGGACUGCCACUGUGGAACGUGAGGACGUUUCUCCCUCUCUGGUGCAGGACAUCAGGAACUACUUCCAGAUCAGCCCAGAGUACUUCUCUAUGCUGCUGGUGGGGAAAGACGGCAACGUCAAGUCCUGGUAUCCGUCUCCCAUGUGGUCCAUGUCCAUCAUAUAUGACCUGGUUGACUCCAUGCAGCUCCGCAGACAGGAGAUGGCUAUCCAGCAGUCCCUUGGCAUGCGCUGUCCUGAGGAUGAGUAUGGGGGCUACGGUCAUGACAGAGACCCGGAUGGUUACCACCGUGGAUAUGGUUACUAAAGGAUUGAGAAUAGGAUGUUCCCCUUAGAAUGUGUUCGAUUUUCUAUUGAGGCCUGGUUGUGGCCUUGUCCCAUGAACUAUAUGAAGCCAUUGUAUGAAUGGCAUUUCUUGAAGGCUUUUUUUUGCAUUUUGAUAACUGUGACGUUGUUUUAUAAGAAUUGACUUUUCUAAAAUAGAUUAGGAAAAUGCAGCAUACUUUUUCUUCCAUAUAUAUUUGAAUGUAUGAUUUGUUUCACAGGGAGAAUAGAGAUUUUAGGAAAAACUCCCAAGAAAGGCAGGAACCUAGGAAGAAACCUAGUGCGAAGCCAGGCUCUGAGGGGUGGCCAGUCCCCUUCUGGCUGGAGAUUAUAAGAGUACAAUUAAGGCCAGAUCGUUCUUCAACCCCACCCACUUUGCCAAAGCAGAGCCCCCACACCACCAGAGAGAUAUCAACAGACCACCAAAUAUAGCCCACAAAGAUCUCCCCCACCACACGAACCCAAGGGGGUGCAAAACCAGACAGGAAGAUGAUAUCAGUCACUCUACCCACUCAAGUUCAGUAUACCAAAAAAUGCCUGGCACGAUGUGAUGCACCCCUCUUAGGGACUAGCAAAGCCAGAGACUCAGCCCCAGUAAUAGGGUCAGAGGCAGAGAAUCCAGUGGAGAGAGGGGAGCCAGCCAGGCAGAGACAGCAAGAGGCUUUCCUCACUCCAGUGCCUUUCCGUUCACCUUCACACUCCUGGGCCAGACUACACUCAAUCACAGGACCUACUGAAGAGAUGAGUCUUCAGUAAAGACUUAAAGGUUGAGACCUAGUCUGCAUCUUUCACAUGGAUCGGCAGACCAUCCCAUAAAAAUGGAGCUCUAUAGGAGCUAAUUCUAGGAACAAUUAGGAGGCCUGCGUCUUGUGACUGUACAUGUAGGUUUGUACCGCAGGAUCAAAUCGGCGAGAUAGGUAAUGCUUUGUAGGUUAGCAGGAAAACCUUGAAAUCAGCCCAAGCUUUAACAGAGACCAGCACUGGAGUAAUAUGAUCAAGUGUUUUGGUUCUAGUCAAGAUUCUAGAAGACGUAUUUAGCACUAGCAGACAUAUUUAUUUAGUUCUUUAUCCAGGUAGCCGGAGAGUAGAGCAUUUCAGUAGUCUAAUCUUGAAGUAACAAAAGCAUGGAUUAGCUGUUCUUUAUGAUUUUUGACAAAAUGUUUGCAAUGAUAGAAAGAUGGGGGAAAAAAGCCAUUUUUAAAAUAUUGUUGAUAAGGGUCCAGAGUAAUGCAGAGGUCCUUCACGUUUUAUUUGAGAUGACUGUACAACCACUGAGAUUAAUUGUCAGAUCAAACAGCAGAUCUCUUUGUUUCUUUGGACCUAGAUCCAGCAUCACUGUUUUGUCGGAGUUUAAAAGUAAAACAAUUCAUCAAAAAUAAUAAUAAAAUAAAUAAUAAUAAAAUAAUAAUAAUAAAAUAAUUAAUAAUCUCCUUAUGUCUUCCUUAUGUCUGAAACACAGGCUUCCAGGGUAUGCAAUUUUGGGGCUUCACCAUGUUUCAUUGAAAUGUACAGCUGUGUGUCGUCUGCAUAGCAGUGACAGUUGACAUUGUGUUUCCAAAUGACAUCACCAAGAGAAAACAAUAGUGGUCCUAAAUUUGAACCUUGAGGAAUACCGAAGCUUAACAUUGAUUUGUCAGAGGACAAACCGUCCACAGAGACUAACUGAUAUCUUUCCGACAGAUAAGAUCUAAACCAGGCAUGAACUUGUCUGCGUAGACCAAUUUGGGUUUCCAAUCUCUCCAAAAGAAUGUGAUGAUUGAUGGUAUCAAAAGCAGCACUAAAGUCUAGGGACACGAGGACAGACACAGAGCCUUGGUCUGACGCCAUUAAAAUGUAAUUUACCACCUUCACAAGUGUGGUCUCAGUACUUUGAUAGGGUCUAAAACCAGAUUGGAGUGUUUCGUAUACAUUAUCUGUCAUCAGGAAGAAAGUGAGUUGAUGAGAAACAGCUUUUUCCAAAAUAAUUGAGAGGAAUGGGAGAUUCAAUAUAGGCCAAUAAUUCUUUACAUUUUCCAGGUCAAGGUUUGGCUUUUUCAGGAGAGGCUUUAUUACUUCCACCUUUAGUGAGUUUGGUUCACAUCAGGAGGAUAGGGAGCCAUUUAUUAUGUUCAACAUAGGAGGGUGAAGCACAGGAAGUAGCUCUUUCUGUAGUUUAGUUGGAAUAGGGUCCAGUAUGCAGCUGGCAGGUUUAGAGGGCAUGACUAUUUUCUUGAACGUGUCAAGAUAUACAGGAUAAAAUGUAAAUAAAACACUUGUGUCUCCAUUGA